AUCUUGCCCCUUGCCGAUAAAGCACGUACAGUUGUGAAAGAGAGAGGUCGAGAGGUGGGGAAGAGGUACAGAGGGAGACAGAGGACAUGGCCGCUCCAAAAACUGGUUUGGCCGCUGCUACUGAAGAUGGGAUAGACCUCUUCACUGUCUUGUCCACAGAUUUCCUGCUCUCUCCCUCUGGAAACAAGGUUGAUCUUAAAGAAUUAGAAGGAAAGACUAUAGGUUUGUACUUCGCCGCGAACUGGUAUUCGAAAUGCGAGACCUUCACCCCAGUCUUGGCCCGUGUGUAUCAUCAGCUGAAAGAACUGGGGUCCGAAUUUGAAGUUGUAUAUGUUUCAUCUGACGAAGAUCAUGCCUCCUUUGAGCGGUUUCAUAGCUUAAUGCUAUGGCCUGCAAUACCAUUCAGUGACCUGAAAUCUAGGAGAAGUCUGACACAAAGAUUCCAAAUUGAGGGUAUUCCAUCUCUAAUAAUUCUGAAUUCAAAAGGGGAGCUGAUAAGGACUGACGGCGUGGAGCUUGUCAACCGCUACGAAUGCCGGGCUUUCCCUUUCACUUCAGAGAGGAUGGCGGAGUUGGAGGCUGACGAGAAAGCAAAGCAUGCAUCUCAAACUUUAGAGAAGCUUCUUUCAUUGCAUGGUAGAGAUUGCGUGAUUAGUCAUGAGCAGCAGGUACCUAUUUCAAAGUUGGUAGGGAAGACAGUAGGAUUGUACUUCUCGGCUCAGGAGUGCCUUCCGUGUACAAAGUUUACUUCAAAGUUGGCAUCGAUAUAUGACAACCUGAAAGAAAAGAAUGAGGAGUUUGAAAUAGUGUUUGUUUCAAUGGACAAAGAUGAAGCAGGGUACUUGCAAUGUUACAGUGAAAUGCCUUGGCUUGCAUUGCCAUACAAUGAUGAGUCCUCCAGAGCACUAGCUCGUUACUUCGAUCUCCAAGGAAUUCCUGCUCUGAUCAUAAUUGGUCCUGAUGGAAAGACCGUUACGAAGGAGGGAAGAAAUCUGAUAAACUUGCACUUGGAAAUGGCAUUUCCAUUCACUGAAGCUCAGAUCAGGCUGCUUCAAGAGAAGUUGGAUGAAGAAGCCAAGGGCUACCCGAGCACUUUUCACCAUGUGGGUCACCGUCACAUACUUAAUUUGGUCUCAGAGAACAGAGGGGGUGGCCCUUAUAUAUGCUGUGAGUGUGAGGAGCAGGGCUUGGGUUGGGCAUACCAGUGCCUUGGAUGUGGUUAUGAGAUACAUCUCAAAUGUGGCCGAGAGGCUGAAGGAGAAAGUACUGGAACUAAACAGGCAGAAACUGAUAAUUCUUCCUGUGCUUUUAGCAGCAGCGGACUAUAGGAAGAUUUGCUGUGACAAGCAGCUUCUGAAAGUAUCUCCUUAGAAUAUGAAAACUUACUUGUAUAAAAAAAUGCACAUCAUGCAAAGGUUCUGAUGACAGAAUUAGACAGAAAUCCACUGCUCCAAGAAGUGUUUGUUGGAAUACAACUGAAUUACCCUUCCUUCAGCCAGGUAUAACUUGUGACUCGAACAAGAUUUCAUGAUGUUCUGGUUGGAAGUAAGUUUUUAGUUCUACUAUUGUAUCAAGGCAUAAUCUGUACUUGUGGACCUGUUCAACAGAUGAUGUCAAAUCAAGCUUUGUUCAUCAGAAACUAAUGAAGUUUCUCUUGGGUUUGAAAUGCUUCUGA